AUGGCUGACGCGAAAAAACUGAGAAUCCAAACUGGCGUUGUCAACAGAACUUUCAAAGAAAAGCAAUACUAUCAAAAAGAACUGGCAGCUUUUGAAAAGAAGCUUCAAAACCAGAACUUCAAAGACGAAGAAGAAGCGUACCGCGCCAAAAUGAUUCCCCAGCAAAUCGACGAGACCAAAGCUGCUUUGAAAGACACUGAAAACGCGCUGCAAAACGCCAUCAUCGCUCUCCGACAACUUGUUGAAGAUGAAGCCGCGGACAAGUCGACCAAAGAAUGGGUUGCCGCCAGCGACAAGUUAAAAGAAGUCACUGCCUAG